AUGCACUCUUCUUCUUUGAUCGCUGCUCUUCUGUUCGUCGCGGCCGCUUCCCCCGCGAUCGCGGUUCCCAUCUCUCAAACUAAGGCUCAUGCUCGUGCAGAGGAACUCGAUGCUCGCAAGUUGGGCCUUGGCUCGAUCGUCAAGGAACUUGGUCUUGGUGCCCUCAGUGGUGGAGCUCUCUCCGCCUUGAACCACUUCGUCGGUGGUGACUCGUCUUCCAGCCGUCGCGACGUCAGUGCCGAGGAUGUCGCAGAGCUUAUGGAGGCUCUUCAAAAUGAGUCCGGUGACGGUGACAUCGAAGCUCGUAAGCUUUCUCUUGGUACUAUCGCAAAGGAGCUCGGCACCGGCGCUGUCACCAGUGGCGCCGUCGCUGCUCUCGCCCAUUUCCUUGGUGACGGAAGCAAGACCAACAAGCGCACGCUUGAGGAGCUCGAGGCUCGUGGCCUUGGCAGCCUUGUGGGGAAGCUGAUUCCCUCUGCUGAGGAGAGCCUCAGCAAGGUCCUCAAGAACAGCAUUGUAGGCGGUCUUGCCUCAGGUGGAGUCCUCGCCGCUGGAAAUGCUGCUGCCGGUAACAACAAGCGCGAAGUUUCUGAGCUUGAGGCUCGUGGCCUUGGCAGCCUUGUGGGGAAGCUGAUUCCCUCUGCUGAGGAGAGCCUCAGCAAGGUCCUCAAGAACAGCAUCGUAGGUGGUCUUGCCUCAGGUGGAGUCCUCGCCGCUGGAAAUGCCGUCGGCGGCAACAACAGGCGCGAAGUUUCUGAGCUUGAGGCUCGUGCCAGCAUUGGUAGCGCCUUGGGCAAGAUUCUCCCGCAAGCUACCGACGACAUUGCUACUGUUCUCAAGAACAGCAUCAUCGGUGGUCUCACUGGUGGUGCCGCUGUCGCUGCUGGAAACGCCGUUCUCGGCAACAAGCAACGCGACGUUGAUCAGACCCUUCCCUUCGACACUAUCGACAUCAACCAGCUCAAAGACAUCCUUCGCGCCUCUGUUGGUCCUGCCAUCUCCCCUGUCUCCAACGAGAAGCGCCUGGUCGACGAUGAUGAACUUGUCUCGCUCAAGAACAUCAUUGACAAUCUCACUGUCGCUGGACCCUCCGUCGUCACCCCCCUGGACGCCCGCGCAUUGGGCGCUACUGGCAAGGGCAUCCUGGGUACCGUCGCCGGUCUCGCCGCUUCGUCCUCGGUUGAGCCCAUCAUCAAGAAGAUCAAGGGUCUUUUCGGUCGUGAACUGGACACUGACUCCUUGAUCGCUCUUAACUUGCUGGCCAGCCGGGAGCUGAACGAGCUUGAUUAA